ACGCCCCUGGAUUCCGUUUUGACUCCGAGUUUUAUUUAUUUGUUUUUGUUUGUACGCCGCAAAUUUAGGUGGAAUUACGAGAUUUGAUCUCUUAAGAAUCGGAGGCUUGGUUACAUUUAUUGAAGAAUCAUACUAUAUUUUGUUUAACAAAAAUCUCGUUGUUAUUUUGUGAACUGUUGAACUUCAGAAUUAUAUCCCUUCUAUGCUAGUUUGAAAAAGAAGUAAUCUAGAAGAAGUGCGUCACAUGGUUAGAUUUGUUAUAUCCUACAUGACCAUAAAUAGGUUCUAAUCAAUUCUCUUUUUUCAUGGAUAAAAUAAAUAGUAUAUGUGAUGCACUGAGGGGAUUAUUUCAUCUGAUUAGCUCUUGAACAAUUGAUUGGGUAUGAAAUUGUAUUUUUAGAUUUUAUUUCAAUCUUUUAGUUUUAGUUGUAGUUAUUUUGUUCCUAUCUCUUUAGAAGGUAGGUUGGCCCAUUGGGGUGAAGCAUAAAGUAGUUAACUAGGCCUCCGAGAUGUGAAUGGACGGCAUGGAAGACAAGCUCCCAUCAGCUGCUGAAGGACUUUAUACCUCCUCAAUCUUUUUAAUAUCAUCAACUGGAGCUGUUUUACCAAUACUAUAUGAAACUAGGUAUUGGCCUGUGCAUUGCUACGGGCACACAGAAUUUGAGUGAAAUAAUGGAAUGCACAACAUCUGGUAAACAUAUUAUGAUGGAUAUGAUUUCAUAAAAACAGGUGCAAAGAGAAAUCAUGUCUGUCCUUCAUGAAUCCCAUGUCUAAUCAGACAUAAGCUUGUGGUAACCAAUCUAGAUCCACUAUGAAUUUAAUAUGAUUUUGUUCACUAUACAAGCCUAAUCAAGAUCUGUUACUAACUUGGAACCAAUACCACCUUGGACCUGAUUUCAUGCUACAAGCAUCAAGCACUUUGAUAAUUGUAGAUACUACUCCAUAUCUAAAAUUCUAGACAAACAAUUUUACUAUUGUUUCAUUCGCUUACCAAUUUUAUCUAAAGCGUAAUCAUAAUCAUAAAAAGGAAAAAUUACAGAAUAAAAAUGAACAAGCUAAUGUAGAAACUCCAUUGCUCAUAUCUGAAACUGACUUAUAAAAACAUAUCUGAACCUGAAUUAUCAAAACAUUGUGUUAUCAAGAAACAGCAUUGGUCUGACUUAUAAUAGCAUUGAUAUUUACAACAACAGCAGCAACAACAACAAAGCCUUUUAGUCUCAAGCAAGUUGUGGUAGGCUGGAGUUGAAACCCAACAUGAGCCCCUAGUCACGGUUCAGGCAUGUCAAUAACUGCUUUCAAAGCAGUCCUAUCCAAACAAAGAUCUCUAGGACUCCACAAUGCACUGGUGCCUCUGAAGGUCUCCUUUGGACAUGGCCAAACCACCUCAACCAAUGUUGGACAAGCUUUUCUUCAAUUGGUACUACCCCUAGACGAUCACAUAUAUCAUCAUUCCAAACUCAGUCCAUCCUUGUGUGACCACAAAUCCUGUGCAACAUAUGCAUUUCCAAAGUACUCAGUUGCUAAUCGCCAUUCUAUGAAACUUGCCUUUAAGCUUUUGUGGUACCCUCUUGUCACAGAGAAUGACAAUGCUUGGUGCCACUUCAUCCACCCUGCUUUGAUCCUAUGGCAAACGUUUGCAUCAAUAUUUCCAUCCUUUUGUAGCAUCGAUCCUAGAUAACAUUGAUAUUUACAAACAUGUAAAUAACGCUUGAUGCACCCCACCAUCAAUUCAGCAGCCUGCAACACAAUCCAAGGUCAAAUGAAAAUUGCAUUCGAAAUCUACGACAGUUGAUUCAUAUUCCAAGAGAGGAGCAGAUCAAUGAAUCCUUAUUAGUUCCCUAAUUGCAAACAUGAUGCUAAUACCACAAGACUACAUUUAGGAAGCACACCAUCCAUUAGGUAUCUUGGCAUCAACAAUAGACUAUGACAAUUUUAGAUUAAGCAUAGGAAAGUAAUCAGCUUGCUUUUUUUAUGUUGGCAUCAACAUAGACUGAUACAUCUUAGAUUAGGCACAGGGAAGGCACAGCAGUACUUGGACAUUUAAACAAAUCUGGUUAAAUACUGAUCUAAAAGACAUUUGCAAGGAGUAGUGUGCACCUGGUGAGAACUUCAUAUUUCAGAAUAUAUGCUGAGAUCUUAAUUUAACAUUACUGGAUGGAUUCCUCCACAUGAUACUGGCAAGGUAGAAAUUCAUAUAAUCAAUCAUGUACAACAUCCUAUUUUUUGCAUUAUGUAAAAUAAUCCCAUUUCCUGUUGGAAGUCUUUAUUUUUUUGUUAUCUGGAAAUAUGGCGACGACAUAGUUUUACAAUCGCUGCUCUGUUCUUUUGUUUUAGGAGCUUAUGUUCAAUACAGUAUUUGAUUGAAUGGAAUGCAUUUUUGUACACUGGACUGUUAAUGUGUGCGUCUGUUUGUGUGAUGAAUAGUGAAUAGUUACAUUUUAUCCUUCUAAUGAAAGUGAAAGCAUCUACUUAUGACAAGGAAAAGAAGAAACUGUAAUAAAAAAUUUCAGAUUUCUGUUGCUUGUAUAGAUUCUAGGCUAUUCUAAUAUAUUAAGGUCAUCCCCCCUUUUGGUCCAAUGUUGAGGUUGGUGCCUUGUCUCGUUUAGUUGCAUGACCUAACAACAUAACUGCCCUGAAGCUUCCUUAUUUUAAUGCUGUUGUUGUGAGCCAUCCAUCUGCAGGAAUUUUAAUGCAUCUGUGUCGUAUGCAUAUAUAUAUUUUUAUUGGCAAAUGGCUCAAUAUUGCAUUGCUGCGACUUGCCCACUGUGGUCAAUACUUCUGGAUACAAUUGCAACAAGAGUCCCAUCCUUUGCUUAUCCAGGAACGAUGUGUGUAGGGUUCUAUCUUUAUCAGAUAAGAGCAGAGUGUAUAAGCAUGUUUCUGUAUGAUUUUAUCAUUGACAACUAUACAAAUACAAACACGUCAUGUAAGCACGUUUCUGGUACAGUUGUUUUGCUGCAUACCUUCUCAAGCUUAGUUCACUUACUUCACUGUUUAUCUAUCGCCAAGGCUCUAAAACAGUUUACCUCUACUGUAUGUGGAUGACAUUGUGCUGCCUCUCUCCUCCGCCACACCAUGUCCGCCUUGCAGCAAGAAUUUUCCAUGAAAGAUCUUGGUCCUCUCCACCAUUUCUUGGGCAUAUCCGUUGAGAGGAAAUCCAAUGAGCUGUUCUUAGCCCAGAAGCAAUAUACACUGGAUAUCAUUCAGCGGGCUGGCAUGGUUGACUGCAAGCAUUGCAGCACUCCAGUUGACACUCAGCUGGAGGGUUGCCUUCGAACUUCUUCAGCAGCGCCACUUGGAAGACAUCAUGGAUUCUGGCCUUGGAAGGAAGGCGCAGAUGAUAAGCUACAGCACUAAUUCGUUCAGUGACUUGAUAAGGCCCAAAGUAACGAGGCCCUAACUUGGAGGAGGACGCUGGAGUGAUGCCGACAGCUGUUCGCUGAUGAAGACUUAGCAGAACCCAAUCUCCCACAGCAUACUCCACAGAGCGCCGUUUCUUGUUCUGGUGCUCAGUCAUGAUAUCCUGGGCCAGCAGCAGCAGGUCAUGUAUAUCCUGCAGGAAGGCGUCGCGAUCUCAUAGCUGUUGAUCCACAGCAGCAACCUUGGUCGUGCCAGCUGUGUAGGACAGCAAGGUUGGCGGAGCACGGCCAACACAACCUCGAAAGGAGUGGCGCGGAGGGCAGACUGAAAUGAAGUAUUGAAGCAGUACUCCGCCCACGGUAACCACUGCAGCCACGAAUGCAGACGAUCGCCAGCGAGGCACCGCAAGUACAUGACAAUAAUGUGGUUCGUUACCUCAGACUGUCCAUCUGUCUGAGGAUGGAAGGCAGAGCUGUGGAGCAACUUGACCCCCGCAAGAUGGAACAACUCCUCCCAUAAGGUGCUAGUGGGGUCUCGAUCACUCACUAUAGAGCAUGGAAAUCCAUAGAGCCGGACGAUGGUGUCGAAGAAGGCACGAGCCACCGAUUGCACCAAAUAUGGGUGACUGAGAGCAAUAAAGUGUGCCAUCUUGGAGAACCGGUCGACGAUGGUGAGGAUUACUGAUUUACCACCGAGGCGCGGGAAGCCUUCCACAAAAUCCAUGGCGAUGUCGCUCUAGACAUGCUCCGGCACAGGCAGCGGCUGUAGGAGACCGGCCGGAUGCACAUGCUCAGUCUUGUUCUGCUGACAAACAGAGCAGCUGCGGAUGAAGUCACGGACCAGGCGGCGAGCGCGGCUGUUGUAGGACUCCCGCAGCCGAUGCAAUGUCUUCUGGGCACCCUCAUGACCGGUGUUGUGAGCCUCCUGCAGAAGCUGAGGCCACAAUGCGGAGGCAUCAGGCACAAAAAUGCGCCCCUGGUACGGCAACAACCCAUCAACAAGAGUCCGGUCAGCAGGCACUGUGCCGGCUGCCAGCUGGUCACGUAGGCUCUGCCCUUGGGCGUCAUUCUGCAGCUUAGCUGCAGAGCAUCAUAGAGGUUGAAGAUGGGUGUAGACAGGGACCAAAAUGCAGUAAGGUCUUUGUCAUGGUGAGAUAAUGCAUCAGCGACGUGUUGAGCUUUCCAGGCCGGUACUCCGUAGUGAUGUCAUUCAUAGCCGAACAGCUUGGUGACCCAAGUGUGUUGCGGAAUUGUAGUGAGGCGCUGAUCCAAUAUAAACUUCAAACUCCAGUGAUUGGUAUGAACAGUGAGUGGACACCCCCACAAGUACGAACGCCAAUGUCGGACAACCUUGACCAAACAGAUGAGCUCAUGCUCAUAUGCCGACAACGUGGCAUGAUGGGGGGUGACCGCCCUGCUGAAGAAGGCCACCACAACAUCCCCUUGAUGGAGGACAACACCGAACCCUGCACCCAACACAUCGCAGUCGACGCUGAAGCACUUGGAGAAGUUAGGAAGUUGGAGCAGGGGCGCCGUCAUCAGCGCCUGUUUGAGGGCCAAGAAUGCCCCCCAUCCGCCUCAGGCGUCCAGGAGAACGCCUUGCGCUUCAAGAGCGCCGUCAAGGGCUCAACAACACCUCCAUAACCUGUGAUGAAUUUCCGGUAGUACCCGAUCAAGCCGAGGAACCCUCGGAGAGCGUGGGCCGUGAGAGGACGCGGCCAAGCUUCCACCGCCUCCACCUUCGCUGUAUCCAUGGCGAUGCCCUCAACAGAUAUGAUGUGGUCGAGGUAUGCCACCGAGGGUUCGCCAAAGAAGCACUUGGUGAAGAGAUGACGAGUGUGCAGCUGAUGCAGCACGGUGCGCACAUGCUGAAGGUGUUUUGCCCAGGAAGAACUGAAGACCAAAAUAUCAUAAAAAAACACAAGCACAAAGCGGCGAAUGUAAGGCUUCAAAAUAUCAUUCAUGAGUGCUUGAAACGUGGUAGGGGUGUUGGUGAGGCCAAACGGCAUGACAAGGAACUCAAAAUGGCCACGGUGCAUCCGGAACACUGUCUUGGUGAUAACAUCUUGGGCAUGCGCACCUGAUGGUACCCGCUACGGGGGUCAAUCUUGGUGAAGAAGCAGGCACCACAUAGCUGGUCCAAGAGUUCAUCAACCACCAGGAUGGGAAACUUGUCCUUGAUAGUGCAGUCGUUGAGGGCGCGGUAGUCGACUAGAAGCGCCAACUGUCGUCUUGCUUGCGAACGAGCACCGGGGAGGAUAAUGGCAAAGUAAACUCCCGGAUGAUCCCUUGUUCCAACAUGUUGUCGCACAGUCGUUCGAUCUCGUCCUUGCAGAGCUGCGGGUAGCGGUAUGGUCGCACCGCCACAGGACGAGGUGAAUAUGGUGGUCGUGGCGGCAACCCGGUGGCAGGCCGUGUGGCUCCUUGAAGAUGUCGGCGUACGACUAAAGGAGCUCCUCCGGCACACACUGAGGGUCGGUGAUGGCGCAGACAGCCGUGCCAGGGCGGCCCAUGCCGACCCAGUGAUGUGAGCACCCAUUCUAACAGAAGGCCAUCGAGAGGGCAGCAAAGUCCCAAACGAUAGGCCCCAAAGUACGAAGCCACUAGACGCCAAGGACUAGGUCGAAGGCGCCGAGGUCAAGGGCGAAACAGUCGAUGGUGAAGUGCUUGAUGUGGAUAACGACAUCGGUGGCUAAACACACACCAGGGCUGCGUACACGAUCGCCAUUGGCCACCAUGACGUUGAGGCCGGCACAAGGGGUGACCAAGAGACCUAGGUGAGCGGCCACCUUUGAGUGGAUGAAGGUGUGGGUGGAGUUGGUAUCCACCAGGGCCUUGAACAGAACACCACCUAUGGUAACCUGCAGCAGCAUGGAAUCAGCAGGCCCGAGGCCAGUGAGCGCGUACGAAGAUAUCUCCAAGGUGGCCACGUCGUCACCAAGCGGAUCAUUCUUGCCUCCGCAGGGUCCAUGAGGAAGACACCCUUCGCCGCCCAUUUGUGGUCCUGGAAUAAGGCUCUGGCCAGAAGUAACACUGGCCGUUGUGCCACUUCUCUUGCUGAUACUAACCUUGGGGAUCUGAGUAGAUGAAUUCUCAGUCUACGGUGGAGUGAUAUAUAUAUAUAUAUGUAUAUACACUCAUAUGGGCCAUAUGGGCCAUAGUACAGGCUUAAACUUAACACCCCCCUUCAAACUCAAGGCGGUAAUGGAGGAUCUGAAGCAUUGAGUUUGAGCAAAUGAAGCCGAUGUUGCUCUCUAUUUUGCGUCUUAGUAAAGAAGUCAGCCAAUUGCAGCUCGGAUGGCACAUACUGAAGAGCAAUGGUAUGUUGAUUACAAUGAUACCGAGUAAAGAAAGCAUCAACACCGAUAUGCUUGGUAAGUUCAUGCUUCAUAGGAUCAUUGGCAAUUUGUAUAGCUCCUGUAUUGUCACAUAGAAGAGGUGUGGCAGCAUCACAAGAAAUCCCAAAAUCAGCCAAUAACCAUCGAAGCCAUACGAUUUCUGCAGUAGUGGUAGCGAGUGCUCUAAGUUCUGACUCUGCACUAGAACGAGAUACAAUGAUUUGUUUCUUGGACUUCCAUGCAAUAGGAGAAGACCCAAGAAGAAUACAGUACCCAGUGAUGGAUUGACGAUCUGUUGGGUCACUCGCCCAAGUGGAGUCUGAGUAAGCAUGAAGCUGAAGCGGACUAUCACGAGCAUAGAAUAAGCUGCGAGAUGAUGUCCCCCUCAAGUAUCGCAAGACACGAAGUAAAUGGCCAAAAUGAACGGACGUAGGAGCACUCACAAAUUGACUCAAAAUAUGGAUGGCAUGAGCAAUAUCAGGUCGAGUAACAGUGAGAUAAACAAGGUUGCCCACAAUAUGUCGAUAUCUAGAGGGAUCCUGAAGAGGAGUACCAUCAGUGGGCCGAAGCUGCAAAUGAAGAUCCAUAGGUGUCGCAGCUGUUCGAUGGUCAGUGAUGCCAGAACGAGCAAUAAGGUCUUGUAUGUACUUGGACUGGGAAAGAUAGCAGCCCUUGGCAGACUGUUUAACCUCAAUGCCUAAGAAAUAACUGAGAGGACCUAAGUCAGACAUUUGAAAUUGUGCACCAAGUUGCUGCUUGACAUAAGAAAUGUUGUUUGCAUCAUCACCAGUAAUCAAUAUAUCAUCAACAUAUAGAAGAAGCAAAGUACGCCCAUGUUAUGGUAGGGAAUACCUACCAGAGAAGGCCACGGGCAUAGUCCCUGCAGAGUCCUAGAAGGGCACGGGCAUAACCCCUGCGCCCAUAUAGAGUCCUAGAUUGAGUCUAAAUUAGUUUUGGAAAUCUUGGAGAAUCUAGAGUCUAUUUCGUAUUUUGUAUUUUUAGUAAGAGUCGGUUUGUAACAGCCUUUAUAAAGCCACCCUAUGAUAUCAAUAAAGCUCAGCCUGGGAUUGUGAUUUCUAUAAUCACCCUUGGGCGCCCAGCGCCAAACCCAUCUGGUUGCCACGCCCAGCUCCGAUCACGGCACCAACACGCCGGGACCGGACUCGCCCCCUUGCUGCGUUCUCUCCUCCCUAUCUCCUGCGAAGCAAGGCUAGAAGGCGUAACAAUCUGGUAUCAGAGAUCAUGGCUUCUUCUGGGACCGCAGCCCCUGGUGUUCCACCCUCCACAAGCGCCCCACCCGGCGCCGGCGCGGUCGUGACAACCUCCUCCGGCGCCCUGAUCACGGCCACCACGUCGCUGCCGGCUGCGUCCUCCACACCGCCAGCCCCAAUGCUGGCCAUCCCUUCAGACGCGCUUACGGCCUUCACCAGCGCCAUCCAGGGCCUCCAGAACCAGAUGGCCCUCAUGAGCUUCCAGAUGGGCGAUCUGGCCACGCGUGUGUCGGCCCUGGGCGGUCGGGCUCUGCCUACAGCCGCGCAGUUCCCACAACUGCCGAUGUCAAGCGUGGGUCAUCUUCCCUUGCUGCAGGCACCGUCCUUACCGCUGCUCCAGGACGCUGGUUCUGCAACGUCCGCCUCUUCCCCGGCACCGACGCCGUCUGCACCUUCGACGACCGGGCCGGCUGCAGCGCCGCAGGGUUCCACAGCUGCUCCCCCGUUCGGCGUUCCUAUUCAGCACAUCCGUUUCCCAGCGUCGCCGUCUCCGAUCCCUACCCUCGAGGCCAUCCUCGGGACCGUACCAGUGGCCUCGGCACCCAUGACAUCAGCACCUCCUCGGGUGCAUGUCCCGGCGCCUCCGGAUGACUCACACACGGGGCACGUGGUACCCAAGUAUCACAAGCUUGUGUUCCCGCUGUUCGACGGCAAGGAAGACCCCCUCGGCUGGUUAAACAAGUGCGAGCAGUUCUUCAACAGCCAUCAGACACGUCACGCUGAUCGGGUGUGGCUCGCUUCGUACCAUCUCACCGGUGUCGCUCAACAAUGGUACCUGGUGCUGGAAUCAGAUGCGGGCCGCCCGCAAUGGGAGGAGUUUCGCACCCUCUGCCAGCAGCGUUUCGGGCCGCCCCUAAGCACCAAUCACCUCUUAGAUUUGGCGCGCCUUCCCUUCACGUCGACGGUGGACGCCUAUAUGGAGGCGUUCCAGGCACGCGCUGCGCAUGCAGGCCGGUUAUCCCCGGGACAAAAGGCGAAGCUCUUCACUGGUGGACUGCCUGAUCACAUUCGCGUCGACGUCGAGCUUCAUGAUCCCCAAGACCUGCAGCGCGCCAUGCACCUCGCGCGCGCCUACGAACGCCGCAACGCCCCAGCCCCGCUCGCGUUGCCAGCACCGCAACGACGCCGAUCCACUGGGGUGCCUGCGACGUUCCCUGCGUCAGCCAGCUCGUCCUCGCCAACACCAGCGCCCGCUGCAGCUGUGCAGCGCCCGUUCAAGCGCCUUUCACCCGAGGAGAUGGCAGACCAUCGCAAACAGGGCCUCUGCUACAACUGCGAUGAGCCGUACAUCCGUGGUCACAAGUGCGCUCGUCUCUUCUUCCUUGAGGCCGCCGACUACAUCGUGGAAGAGCCGGACGACACCGAUGAUGAUGGGCCUGCAGCUUCCGGUACCAGCCUUCCACCGUUUGAUCCCGAUGCUCCUAUGAUCUCCUUGUCUGCUAUUACAGGGAUCCGCGCACCAAGCACUAUGCAGCUGCAGGUUCGCAUCGGCGCACACCACCUUACGGCGCUCCUGGACUUUGGAUCCACGCACAAUUUCAUCAGUACGGAGGCUGCUGGUCGUGUGGGCGUUCCCCUCCAAGACAGCCGCGGCGCCCACGUAGUGGUCGCCAAUGGCGACCGCGUCGAGUGCCGGGGCCUUGCCCGCGGCGUUCCUCUUCAGAUCGGUGCAGAGUCCUUCCGGGUGGACAUGUACUCCAUCCCUGUCCACGGCUGCGACAUCGUUCUAGGCAUCGCAUGGCUGCGAACCCUGGGACCCAUCCUCUGCGACUUCGAGCAACGUCGCAUGGCGUUCCAUCUCAAGGGACGUCGGGUCGUCUGGGCAGGCGUGGCGGCGUUGGGGACAUCGCCAAGACCGUCGUCCGACCCGCUGCUCGCCAACAACCUCUUCACUGACUUGGGCUCUGAGCAGGACCUCCUGGAACGUUUUCUGGCUACUUACGACGACGUGUUUGCAGCACCGACGGGAUUGCCCCCGGCACGGGCCUGUGACCACCGCAUCCACCUCAAGACUGCAACAGAACCGGUGGCGGUUCGUCCAUAUAGAUACCCCCAGCUACAGAAGGAUGAACUGGAGACGCAGUGUGAAGCAAUGAUGCAGCAAGGCAUUAUCCGGCCCAGUACAUCUCCCUUUUCGGCGCCCGUGCUGCUGGUCAAGAAGCAGGAUUCCUCGUGGCGCUUUUGUGUGGACUACAGGGCCCUCAAUGCUGCUACAGUUAAAGACAAGUUUCCCAUCCCUGUGGUGGAGGAGCUGCUGGAUGAACUCAAUGGUGCUCGUUUUUUCUCCAAAUUGGAUUUGCGCUCCGGGUAUCAUCAAGUACGCGUCCAUCCCGAUGACGUGGCCAAGACAGCGUUCCGGACUCAUCAUGGGCACUUCGAGUUUUUGGUCAUGCCCUUUGGAUUGUCUAAUGCGCCUUCGACGUUCCAGGCGCUCAUGAAUUUGGUGCUCAAGCCUUUUCUACGCCGCUGGGUCCUGGUGUUUUUCGAUGAUAUCCUAAUAUACAGCAAGUCAUGGACGGAGCAUCUCCAUCACCUGCUGGCUGUUCUAAAUGUGCUACGUGCCCAUCAGUUGCAUCUCAAGCGCUCCAAAUGCUCUUUCGCCACCUCUUCAGUGCAGUACCUGGGGCAUGUCAUCUCAGCCUCGGGCGUCGCCAUGGAUGCCUCCAAGGUGGAGGCAGUAGAAUCCUGGCCGCAACCCCGCUCUGCCCGCGGUCUGCGGGGGUUCCUGGGCUUGGCAGGAUAUUAUCGACGAUUCAUUCAAGAUUUUGGUACAAUUGCAGCCCCUCUCACACAGCUUCUCCGUAAGGAUGCCUUCAACUGGACAGACGCAGCAACGACCGCUUUUGACGCCCUCAAGCACGCCCUGUCCACUGCACCUGUACUCCAUCUUCCUGAUUUCAGCAAAGACUUUGUGGUGGAUUGUGACGCGUCUGGGUCUGGUUUCGGCGCCGUAUUACAUCAAGGAGCGGGGCCAUUGGCAUUCUUCAGCAGGCCUUUCGCUGCCCGGCAUCUCAAAGUGGCAGCCUAUGAACGGGAACUCGUCGGGCUGGUUCAUGCUGUUCGUCACUGGCGCCCUUAUCUGUGGGGGAGAGCUUUUGUGGUGCGCACAGAUCAUUACGCGCUGAAAUAUAUGCUCGAUCAGCGCCUGUCAACAAUUCCCCAGACCCAGUGGAUUUCCAAAUUAUUUGGUUUUGACUUCAGGGUGGAGUUCAAUCCGGGCUGUUUCAACACCGUUGCUGAUGCGCUUUCUCGCCGGGAUGGGAGGUGCCUCUGUUGGCGGCUCUGUCCAGCACCGCGGUUCAUGUGACUGCAUUGUCUGUGCCGGCUUUCGACGUCUAUGCUCAGCUUCGCCAAGAAUAUGAGGCUGAUGAGGAUCUUCGCAGCCGCAGGGAUGAGGUUGCUGCAGGAACGCAUGGUGCGGACUGGUCUGUGCGUGAUGGCCUCAUCCUGCACGCCGGGCGAGUGUUCGUGCCCGCGUCUUCGGCAUUCCUCGAUGAUGUUCUGCAGUUAGCUCACACAGCGGAUCAUGAAGGAAUCCAAAAGACGCUGUUGCGCCUGCGUGCUGAUUUCUAUGUGGAGCACGAUCGGCGGGUUGUGACCGAUUUUGUCAAGUCUUGCGCUGUCUGUCAACGUAACAAGACAGAGGCCUUGCACCCUGCCGGGCUUCUCCAACCGCUGGCCGUUCCUUCCAGGGUCUGGGCUGACAUCGCGAUGGAUUUCAUCGAGGCUCUUCCCAAGGUACAUGGCAAGAGCGUCAUCCUCACAGUGGUGGACAGGUUCUCAAAGUAUGCACAUUUCAUUCCUCUGGGCCACCCGUACACUGCCUCUUCAGUGGCUCGCGCAUUCUUCAACGACGUCGUCCGUCUUCAUGGCUUCCUAGAAUCCAUUGUCAGUGAUCGCGACCCAGUUUUCACUGGCAAUGUUUGGCGUGAUCUGUUUCGCCGAGAAGGUGUGCAGCUACGCCUCAGCACUGCGUUUCAUCCCCAAACUGAUGGUCAGUCGGAGGCGGUCAACAAAACCAUUGCCAUGUAUCUUCGCUGCAUUACUAGGGAUCGACCGAGGGACUGGCUCGAUUGGCUUCCAUGGGCUGAGUACUGCUACAAUACUUCUUACCACUCAGCACUUCGCACAACUCCGUUUUCGGUAGUCUAUGGUCGGCAGCCGCCCGCACUCCUGCCAUAUGAACCGGGUACGGCGCAUACUGAUGUGGUUGAUUCCCUCUUCACUAGCCGGGAUGAGUUCUUACAGGAGGUGCGAGCCAGAUUGCUUCAAGCACAAGAAUACGCUCGACGCCACUAUGAUGCCAAGCAUCGGCCACUGGAGUUCUCUGUGGGAGAUUGGGUGUUGCUUCGGCUGCUGCAUCGUCCCACCCAGUCUCUCGUUCCGGGUCGGCGUCACAAGCUCAGUCCUCGCUAUGCUGGACCUUAUCAGGUGCUCGAACGCGUUGGGUCGGUGGCCUACAGACUCAAUCUUCCAGAAGAUGCACGCAUUCAUGAUGUUUUUCAUGUUGGGGUCUUGAAGCCAUUCCGUGGUGAACCUCCUGCUGCUAUGUCGUCCCUUCCGCCACUUCAACACGGGCGUCCUCUCCUUCAUCCGGAGCGUGUUCUGCGUUCUGAAUUACGCAGGGGCGAGUGGUACAUUUUGGUCAAGUGGGCUGAUCUUCCUACAGCUGAUGCAACUUGGGAGCCUGUGACAGCAUUUCGCCUUGCUCAUCCCUCUUUCCAGCUCGAGGACGACCUGUUUCCUGAGGGAGGGAGAGAUGUUAUGGUAGGGAAUACCUACCAGAGAAGGCCACGGGCAUAGUCCCUGCAGAGUCCUAGAAGGCCACGGGCAUAACCCCUGCGCCCAUAUAGAGUCCUAGAUUGAGUCUAGAUUAGUUUUGGAAAUCUUGGAGAAUCUAGAGUCUAUUUCCUAUUUUGUAUUUUUAGUAAGAGUCGGUUUGUAACAGCCUUUAUAAGGCCACCCUAUGAUAUCAAUAAAGCUCAGCCUGGGAUUGUGAUUUCUAUAAUCACCCUUGGGCGCCCAGCCCCAAACCCAUCUGCUUGCCACGCCCAGCUCCGAUCACGGCACCAACACGCCGGGACCGGACUCGCCCCCUUGCUGCGUUCUCUCCUCCCUAUCUCCUGCGAAGCAAGGCUAGAAGGCGUAACAGCCCACGUGAGGAGAGCUGGAUAAAUAAAGCUGAGUCAUGAUCACUAGGUGAAAAACCAGCAGCCCGAAUCACAGAGACAAAGCGCUCAAACCAAGCACGAGGAGCCUGUUUAAGACCAUAUAAAGCCCGGCGAAGACGACAAACAUAACUUGGAGGGGCAUUAACACCCGGGGGUGGUUGCAUAUAAACUUCUUCGUUUAAAUCACCAUGAAGAAAGGCAUUCUUAACAUCCAUCUGAGAGAUUGUCCAAGAAGAAGAAGCAGCCACUGCAAUUAAAGUACUAUUAAAGUACGAACAGUAGUCAUAUGAGCAACAGGCGCAAAUGUCUCAUCAUAAUCUAGGCCCUGAGUUUGCUGAAAGCCUCUGGCAACUAGACGGGCCUUAUAUCUUUCAAUAGAACCGUUUGACUUGGUUUUAAUUUUGAAAACCCACUUAGAUGUAACAGGCACAACAUGCGAUGGUAAUGGAACAAUAUCCCAUGUGCCUGUACGAUCAAGGGCAACAAGUUCCUCACACAUAGCUAGCUGCCAUUCUAGAAUGCUAGAGGCCUCUUGAUAAGUGGAUGGCUCUUCCACAACAGCUGUGACAUGGGGAAAACCGUACUUGUCUGGAGGCCCAAUAGCAGCAUGAUCUCGUAGAUUAUAUCUCGGACCACCCUGUGACUCAUCAGAAAGAGCACAUGACUCAUUAGUGUUAACAAAAGUAUCAGCAUCAGGAGUAGGACUGGUCGAGGAAGUGGUUGUGGGGACUAGGGGACAACGAGUGUAGUAUUUGAGGAUAGGUGUUUUUUCAAAAGAGGUGAGCUGCUGGACUGGUGGUUGACAAUCAGGAAGAUCUAAAGGGGGAGGAUUGACGCUUGUAGGUGGAGGAUCAACAUGAGUAGGUGGAGGAGGUUCAGAAGUGUCAAGAGGAGACACAAGAGUGUUGGGUGGACUAGAAGACACAGGUGGUGGAGUGUCAACAUCACUGAGUAUAGGUGGAAGACACAUAAAGGAUGUUGACUCUGUACUACUAUGAGAUGGCUGAGUAGAAGGGUUAUAAAAGAAAGGACGAUCCUCAACGAAAGUGACAUCAUGAGAUAUACGAAUACGACGAGAAGAGGUGUCAUAACAACGAUAGCCCUUAUGCUCAGGGCUGUAUCCUAGAAAAACACACUCAACUGACUGAGCAGUCAACUUAGUCCGCUCACGUGGUGCAAGUAGGACGUAGCAUGUGCAGCCAAAAA